GACGUGCAACAUCUUUGACAAAGAAUUAAAGUUUACAAAUAUUGUAGGGUGUGGUAUGAGUUGUUGAAGUGAGAGUAAGGUAUCAAUAUGUGGAUUUUGGAAAGACUUCCCAUAGGUCUUGGCGUCAUAUUGUUAUUUAUCGUUUACGGUGAAAGUCUUGAAUGUUAUGUGUGCACAUCACAGGAGACAAAUGGAGAGAAGUGCCUCAACACCAUAAAGACUUGUGAACAAGGAGAGGAUGUGUGUCUGACAGAGAUAAAGUGGGGAAGUACUCCUUACUGGUCUCAGGGAGCACAGAAGCAGUAUUAUGUUUCAAAGAGAUGCUCAACAAAGUCAGCAUGUGAAAAGAUUAGAAGCAAGAAUAUGCCAUAUUGCACUCACAUCUGGUAUCAGGAUUGGAGGUGUGCUGAAUGUUGCCAGGGUGACCGUUGCAAUUUCUAUGUGUUUCUGAGUGGAAGCACAGCUCGUUCAAGUUUGUUUGUGGUGCUUGCUUCAGUUUCUGUCAUUUUGGCUGUUGGCAGAUUUCUUCAGUAGAAAUGAUUUGGAAAUGAAAUUUCCUUCAUUAUACCGUCCAGCAGUAAUUCGCCUCUCAUUUUUAGCUCCGGAGUUGUGCUAAUUUUAAAGUAGUAUUCGAGGUUCAGCAAACAUUGUGUCUAAGAAAACCUUUGAAUGCAUAUUUUACAUUUUAGGAAACAUUUUUGGAGGAGUAAUAUUCUAUUUUGAUUAUAAAUGAAAUGUUAUUGUUGCCUUUGACAUGUAAUCUGUCGAAGAUUAUAGUUAUUUGGUACUGUAAGAGAAAUAUUUUUACCAAUGACAGAGUUUUCAUUGUUAAUAACUUUACAGAUCUGCUAAGUAAAUAACUGUAUUUUUACUAAUAUGGAAGUUUUUCGAAAGAAUGUGGAACAGUAAAAUGUAUUGCUUGAAACUGGAAGAAGGAGGGAGGGCGGGGGCGGGGGGUAGGAAAGAAUGAAAGAAAGAAAGAGAUUGUCACAUGUGAGGAAAAAUUGUGAAGUAGAUUGUGAAUUUGUCUGUUGCUGUUUGAAUUUUGCUUGUUGUAAUUUAUAGGCACAAAAUAUCAUUUUGUACAAUUCCUUUUACAUAAGAUAAAAUGCAGUAUUAUAUUUAUGAAGAUAAAAAACUGUAAUUUUAGACACAAUUACGUUCAACAGUGACACACAACUUAAAAGAAAACACAGGUAAACAAACUCACCUUUGUUUAUCUGCACUUGUUAGAUAUUAAUGGAGUCACCCAAUACAGUAUGUAUAACCUGACCAAACACAGUGUACCAAUAAUGAGGGUAGUACUGUAUUGUGGGAUGAAGGAAACAGCUGAAGCUGAUUAUGUUCUCAGGGAAAGUGGAAAACAAAUCUGUAAAUGUAGCUUUUAUAAGUGAUAAAAAGCUCACUGUUGGGGAAAGAAUUUGAAAAAGUAGGGGGUAGAUACUCUCAGGGUACCAGAUCUCAGAUAUGUUCAUAAUAGCAAAAUUUCAGUCCAGUUCGUAGUUUGCCCAGGUUAUACUUUUAUUAUGGUAUAUGACUAGUGUCAUCUGCAAAUGGUUACAGUUUAAACUUGCUAGUGUUUUGAUUGAGUAUUUAAUUUCUUCUACUCUGAUAUUGUGUAGAUUAAUUAAAUAAUCUACUUAAAAGUGCUGAAAAAGACUAUGACUCACUGUGGUUCAUUCCUGGACACUCAUGUUAUUAAUUGUAUAACGUGCACAUUUUGUAUAAAAUUUCACUGAAGAAGGUUAUAAUAUUAAAAGCAGCAUACUUGCCUUUGGUAGUAGCUGUUGUAUGAUAAAUAGUAAAACUACAGAGUGAGUGCUGGAUUUCAAAAUUCACUUUCUUGGGAACCACAAUGAAAAGAGGAGGUGGAAAAACUUUUUGAAGAAUGAAUAAGAUCAAAUUAUGUUGAACAAAAUACUCUAUAGGGGAAUUCUGGAGAUGGACAACAGUUGUAAUUUAAUCACAGUCUAAGGUAGCUUUUCAGUUUGCAUUUCAGAUCCAUGUUAUAACUGCUUUAUCUUGAACAUUAUUUGUAUUUCUGAUAUUGUUCUCGACUCUUCUUUUGGUGACAACCUUCAGUGAAGCUAAUACCUUGAUUUACAUUUAUUCCAGGGCUGGUUCAUAUUGAUUGAGUGAUCUAAUGAGAAUAACAUUUGCAUUUCGAUUGCUGUACUCUUUUUUAAUGACCCAUAUGUUAGGUGUCUUAUUUACUACUACUACCACCACCACUACUACUACAACAACCACGACUACCACACCGAGCGAGAUGGUGCAUUGGUUAGCACACUGGACUUGCAUUCAGGAGGACAGCAGUUCAAUGCCGCAUGUGGUCAUCCUGAUUUAGGUUUUCUGUGAUUUCCUUAAAUUGCUUCAGGCAAAUGCUGGGAUGGUUUCUUUGAAAGGGCAUGGCCGGCUUCCAUCCCCAUCCUUCCCUAAUCUGAUGAGACCGAUGACCUCACUGUUUGGUCUGCUCCCUCAAAUCAAUCCAACCACACUGUUACCACCACCACCACCACCACCACCACCACCACCACCACCACCACUUCUAUGUCUGCUUCUAUUUAAACUACUAAAGUGUCAUAUUGCAAACUCUAUGUACACUGAAUCUUCAGGUUUUCGCGGCGCAAAGACUGCUCCAUUAAGUUUCAGGAAUGCAGCCGCAUGAAUUCUGCUUCUUCUUCUAAUAUUUCGGCUGUAUACCUUUCAGCCAUCUUCAGA